AUGGAGCCAGCUACUUCCUUGAAUUUCUUCCUGCCAGGUUACCUUCUUUUCUUUCCUAUCUUCAGCUUAUUUGCGCUGGUCUCAGCCCAGUUUACCGUUGUGGGGCCAGCUGAUCCCAUCCUGGUUAUGGUGGGAGAAAACAGCACAUUACAUUGCCACCUGUCACCAGAGAAAAAUGCUGAGAACAUGGAGGUGCGGUGGUUCCGGUCUCAGUUCUCCCCUGCCGUGUUCGUGUAUAAGGCCAGGCAAGAGAGAACAGAACAGCAGAUGGAGUCAUACCAAGGAAGAACAACCUUUGUGGACAGUGAUAUCAGCAAGGGGAGAGUGGCGCUGAUCAUUCACAAUGUCACAGCCCACGAAAACGGCAUCUACCACUGUUAUUUCCAAGAAGGCAGGUCCUACGAUCAGGCUAUCAUGCAUUUGAUGGUGGCAGGCCUGGGCUCUAUGCCCCUCAUUGAAAUAAAAAGCUAUGAGGAUGGUGGCAUCCGGCUAGAAUGCACAUCUGUCGGGUGGUUCCCACAGCCCCAUGCAGUGUGGAGGGACCCCAUUGGUGAGAUGCCCACCCUGGAGGAGGCUUACACCAUUGAAGAUGAUGGCCUCUUCACAGUCACCAUAUCUGUGAUCAUUAGAAACUACUCUGUGAGGAACGUUUCCUGCUCUGUCACCAAUACCCUGCUGGGCCAGGAGAAGGAAACUGUGAUGUUUAUUCCAGCACCCAUAAUUCCCAGCAACUCUCACUGGAUGGUGGUCCUGGCUUCCACCCUGCCUACUUUGAUCCUUCUCAUCCUCAUCUCUGGGGGCAUCUGUCUCAUCAAGAAACUCCACAGGGAAAAAGAGGUUCUGUCAGUGGAAAAAGUGGAUGAUGAACAGGAAAUGAAAGAAAUGAUAGAGCUACUUCAAGAAGAAUUACGAUGGAGGAGAACCCUCUUACAUGCUGCUGAUGUGGUCCUGGACCCUGACACCGCUCACCCUGAACUCUUCUUGUCCCAGGACCGGAGAAGUGUGAUACGGGGCCUCUCCUGGCAGAGUGUUCCUGAAAACCCAAAGAGAUUUGACUGUCGGCCUUGUGUCCUGGGUCGGGAGAGCUUUGACUCAGGGAAGCAUUACUGGGAGGUGGAGAUGGAAAAUGUGAUGGUGUGGGCUGUGGGCGUUUGUAGAGACAGCGUUGAAAGGAAAGGGGAGGCUCUGUUGGUUCCUCAGAAUGGCUUCUGGGCCUUGGAAAUGUUUGGAAACCAAUACCGGGCCCUGUCCUCCCCUGAGACCAUCAUCCCCCUGAAAGAGCGCCUUCACCGAGUGGGCAUUUUCCUGGACUACGAAGCUGGAGAUGUCUCCUUCUACAACAUGAGGGACAGAUCACACAUCUACACAUGUCCCCGGUCAACAUUUUCAGGGCCCCUGAGACCCUUCUUCAGGCUGGGGUCUGAUGACAGUCCUCUUGUCAUCUGCCCAGUGUUCACAGGGGCUCAGGGGGUCUCAGUGCCUGAGGGAGGCCUGAUCCUGCACAGGGCAGGGGCCCACCGCCGGCACCAGGACAUAUUCUUUGGUCUCAGAGCCAUGUAG